ACGUCCCCCGCCGGCAGGUACCUCCGCGGCGAUGGCGUUGAUAUUGCUGAUAAGCUGAUAAGCUAUCGCUAACGCUGUACAGUCAGGCGGCUUACAACAGCGAACAGUCUACGAUCCGCGGCUUCCACAAUUGCGAGCCGCUGCUCGUUCGCUCAACGCCGCUUAGUAUCCGACUCCUCCACCGUGGGGUUCGUCAGGGUUCCGUCCCUCUCGCGGUGGAUCACUCCGUUCGUAUUGUUCACUUUCGAUUUUGAUGCAUACCACCACCACCACAGUCGUCAGGUCGUCGUCGUCGCCGUCGCCGCCGUCGUCGCCUUCCGUUAACGCGCUACGCGAUUUGCGUUGCGUUUCCGUGCGGCUGUCGUGCCGGCUAAACGCGUCCGUCCGAAUGCGUGCCGCGGCCCGCUGAUCGCCGGACACAAUGAACACGUUCCGCGUCAUUCGUCCGUCACCGCCGCAACCAGGCAACACAGCGACAACCGCGGCUCGCUAGUCUCGCCGCGUCGUCAACACACCCUCGGCAGUGCCGCCCCGUAGUACGCACAUAUUGUUCGGGAGAUGUGGAUAGCAACAUGGUAUUUGAGCCUCGUCUUGUUCUCGUGUCCCAACUGCUUGUACCUUUGCAUCGGACGCGCAACAGCACAAUCCAACAACAUUACAACGACCACGAUCACCACCACUACCACCAUCCCCAACACCACUACUGUCGCGACCGCCACUACUACGGCUAUCUUGCAUCCAGUGAUUACUAUAAGCAAGCCACAAAAUUUAAGUGUUGUUAAUGUAACAAGUCGAUCAAUUACAAUCACAUGGCUUGCACCAAGUGAUGGUAUAGCUGCAGUAAUGAAUUAUAGCCUUUAUUAUACAAAUGGUAACAGUACAUAUAUAAAGCCACUUGCAAAUAUUAAUACGUUUACAAUACCUAAUCUUGAACCUUUUACUGAGUAUCAGAUAUACCUGGAAGCUAAAGGCGAAAAAAAUAGAGUUAGUGAACGUUCGAAUAUGAUAACUCAAUUCACUGAUGUUGAAGGCCCAGGUCCUCCAAUAAUUAUGAAUGCUACAUGUAUACCAGGAACUAGUGGAACAUCUAUUUUCUUACAAUGGGCUUCACCUGAACAUUUUUAUAAAUCUGUUGAUCAAUAUAUUAUACAUAUUACAGAACCUAAUUUUGUAAAGAACAUUACUGUUUUAUCACCAAAAGUUGGUCUAAAUUUAAAUUAUAAUGAAUAUACUGUUAACAACUUAACAGACAAUACAAUGUAUGAAUUAAGAAUAUUUGGAGCGACUCAUAGUUAUCUCAGCACUAAUUUAAUUGAAGGUCAAGGUUCUGAUUCUCGUUCAGUAUACUUGCAUAAGGAUUGUGAUAUCAUACCUAGUUUAAAAAACAAUCAUUCCACUAUUGAAAGUACAAAAUCACUUUUGAUUGGUUUAUGUUGUGUAUUUGGAUUACUUUUCAUUGUAGCUGCUGUAUUAUUUUGGCAAUGCCAUCCUGUGUGUAGGGUAUACUUUCAUGCAGCUUAUUAUUAUCUGGAGGAUCCACCAUUUGUAUCAUAUACUGUACCAACAUUACCAAAUUCUGAUUGGUGGAAACAUAAAGAAGAAUCACAUGUUGUAACAGUGGAUGAUUUUGCAAGGCAUGUUGCUAGUUUACAUGUUGAUGGGGAUAUCGGUUUUAGUAAAGAAUAUGAAAUCAUUCAGGAAGAGUCUAUGAAUUUUGAUUUUUCCACUGAAGCAUCACAAUUACCAGAAAAUAAAUCAAAAAAUCGAUACCUCAAUAUUGUUCCUUAUGAUCAUAGUAGAGUUAAACUUCAUGUGAACAGUAUGCAAGGAAGUCAUUCUGAUUACAUCAAUGCAAAUUAUAUUAAUGGUUUUGAAAAAGCUAAUGCAUACAUUGGUACACAAGGCCCAUUACCAUCGACAAUUAUUGAUUUUUGGCAAAUGAUUUGGGAACAGCAUGUGCAUGUUAUUGUGAUGAUAACUAAUUUAGUAGAACGCGGUCGGAGAAAAUGUGAUUUAUAUUGGCCUAAUGAAGUUAUAGAAACAUAUGGUUUUAUUCAAGUUAAAUUAUUAAAAGAAGAACUAAUGGCUAUGUAUACAGUUCGCACAUUUCAAGUGCAACAUAUAAGGGCUAAAAAGAAAAAGAAUUCGCCCUUGGGUAGAACUAUAUACCAAUAUCAUUACACUAAUUGGCCUGAUCAUGGAACACCUGACCAUCCUUUACCAAUUUUAAGUUUUGUAAAUAAAUCAGCUGGAGCUAAUCCACCUGAAGCUGGUCCUAUUGUUGUUCAUUGCAGUGCUGGUGUUGGUAGAACUGGUACAUACAUUGUAUUAGAUACUAUGCUUAAACAAAUUAAAAGUGAAAAAGAAGUGAAUAUAUUUGAUUUUUUAAAGCACAUUAGACAGCAACGUAAUUUUUUAGUUCAAACUGAAGAACAAUAUAUAUUUAUCCAUGAUGCUUUGUUAGAAGCUAUAAAUUGUAUGCAUGCUAGUAUUAAUAAAAAAACCUUAAAAAGUUAUCUCCAAACAGACAUAUCUGAUUGUAAAAUAGCAUCUUUUGCAACUGAUUUUGAAAAACAUUACAAGAUGAUAACUUCAUUUAUCCCACAAGAAUAUUUAUUACUUUCGGCAAAUAAACCAUUUAAUCGAAAUAAAAACAGAUCUCAAGAAUUUAUCCCUGUUGAAAAUUCCCGAGUGCAUUUAACACCAAAACCAGGAGUUGAAGGAAGUGAUUAUAUUAAUGCAUCAUGGAUUAUUGGCUUUAGACGAUUAGGUGAAUUUAUAGUGACACAACAUCCUCUACAAAAUACCAUUCUAGAUUUCUGGCAAAUGCUCUGGGAUCAUAAUGCACAGACAGUUGUUAUACUAACUGAUAUGAGUGAAGAUUCGGACUCACUUGUUACAUUUUGGCCCGUGGAUUCUACUACAACUUUAGAUAGUGAUAAUUUCAAAGUUAAGAGUAUUCAAGAAGAUAAAAUAGGAAAUGAUUAUGAAACAAGAGAUCUUGUAAUUCAGUCAGUACAGGAUGAUUUUAUGCUUCCUGUUAGAUUAAUACACAGUAAAUAUUCUGUUAGAGAAUUAUCUUCAUUGAUCAAAUUACUAGAAAUUGUACAAAUGUGGCAUUUAGAAUAUCAAAAUGGACCUAUCAUUGUAGUGGACAAAUUUGGUGGAACAGAUGCAGCAAUAUUUUGCUGUUUAACCACUAUUGGUAAACAACUACAGCAUGAAAACUUAGCAGAUAUUACAUUAUACGCCAAACUUUAUCACAAUCAAAGACCAGGAAUUUGGAAAGAUAUAGAAAAUUAUUUGUUGUUAUACCGUGCUUUGGAACUUAUGUCUGGAGGAAACUGUUUUAAUGUAUUACCUUCAAGUUCUAUUACUAGUAUAAAUAAUGUUGCAAAUGGUAGUCAAAAUUCACCUACUUUACCAAAUGGAAAUGCUCUCUCACCAAAUAAACAAAAUGGAAUGCUAAUAUCCUAAUUCUAAUUAUUUAUUAUUCCAAUGAAGAAUGCAAUUCGUUUAUAGCAGUGCCAUAAUUUCUAAUUUUCAUGUAUAUUAGUUCCAUUAAUUAAUGUACUAAAAUAUA